UUGUUCGGCCAGGAACAUGCCCUUAUCUUUGGAUCAAAAUGGCGGCAGGGUGUAAGUACCGCGUUUUAUCAAUUCUUCUUUUGACGAACAAAAUAUUCCCGGUUUCUACAGAAACUGUACUUGGUGAAAAUGUGGAUGAGGAAUUCGACUUUGACGGCGUCCCCGGAGUUCAGCAUGAGUUCAAAGUGGAAGUAGCGGCGGGGAAGGAGGAGUGUUUCUACCAGUUCGCCGCGGAAGGGAGCAGACUCUAUGUGUCGUAUAGUGUUGUGAGAGGCGGCGACAGGAACAUCGAUUUCUUCCUCUUGGGCAUAUACGGCGAAGUCGUCGACACGCAGUACGACAAGCCUGGAGCCAUGGUGCAGACAGAGAUGAAGGAACGAGGCUAUAUGGAGUUCUGUUUUGACAACACACAGAGCAGGUAUGGUUCUAAGUUGGUGUACUUCUUCCUGAUGACCUUCCUCAUUGACAGAUGGAGCCAGUACUUGAAGGAUGUAGAUGAGAUCCGAGGUCUCACUGUCAAUCUAUCUUCGAUACUUGAGGGCGUAGAGCUGUCUCUGACGGACGUGGACAAAUAUCAGACGCACACUCGCCUCAACGUCAUGCGCGACUGGUACCUCCUCAACGAGAACCAGCGCUACGUGGGGUACUGGUCUGUGGCCCUGUGUGUGGUAGUCCUGGUGGCGGGGGUGGGGCAGGUGGUCUUCCUCAGGAGGAUGUUUAGGAUGCCCACCGUCACCCCGACGUCCAAACCCCGGGCGUGAUAGGGACUCAGAAUAUUUUUCUGAUACUGUACUAAAGUUUUUGUAUGAGUAUCCUCCACCUAAACGCUGGAACGUAGCUCUGCACAAGUGAUGCUUAUGCUGGGGUUUUAUCGAAAAAAAAUUAAUUGCCCAGGAAAUGCUUGCCAAAAUAAUUAUGCUUCAGCCUGUAAAAAAAAUAAGGAAUCGUCUGCCAAGAAGAAUACAUUGUUGCAAGAUGUUUUGUUUAAUAAAAAGUUUUCUCCUAAUGAAUUUUAUAAAACAUAUCUGGUUUUGCAAAAAUAUAACCGUAGUUUGUAAUAAGCAUAUAUACAGCAUAUAUACAACAAAUGACCGGUGUAAAGUUUGAAAGUAUAUCCCCCUUUCAAAGUAUACUCGGGUAGAUUCUGGAGCUCCCACAAUCUACCUCCCUUUCCCAGAAUCAACCCCCGGGGGUAUAAUCUGGGAGCUCC